AUGAUGGCAGCCAUCGAUUGGAGAUCUUUGUCGUGCGAGGAACUGUACAGUGAAGUAUGCGCUCACGUCGCCAAAGGAACGUUUGCGAAUCAAAGAAUGCUCGGCAGUUAGUUUUUUUAAUAUCAGUUUUUAGUAACAGUAACAUCAUUUUUCAGGAGAUGGAAUCGCACGAUUCAUCAGUUACAACACCGACCCAUACACCAUCGACGACGGAAAAUUGAGGCGAAAACAUGUUUUUUACUUUCUUCUGAAAAGUGAAAUGGACGGCGUCUUCGAGGAAGCCGACUACAGCCGAUUGUAUUCAAAUAAGGAAUUGAAAAGUAAGCGUCAUUGCUUUAUCCAACUUUUCGUAUGAGAAAUUCUUCAGGAUUGUAUAACAUACUCUGUGGAGGUUCUCUUUCCGAAUUUCUCCUCGACGAGAUGAUCAGCAACGAUGUGACGAUUUUGACCAGGCUCGGAAGAUUCGUGGAGGAAAUCGUCGAGCCAUUCAGAAGAAAGCGAAACAUCUUGCUGCCGCUAUUAUCUCUGUCCAAAACCUCGCCCUUUUUCUGUUGGGAACCUUUCCAUCAGAUAGUUUCGUGUAAAGUUCUGGGAGAAGGAAAAUUUGCAAUCUUUUUCGAAAUUAAGACAAAGAGAGGAGAGCUGAAAUAUGUUAAAGUGAGUUUUAUUGACUUCAAAUAGAUAUGUAUUCAUUAAGCUCUGUCGAAAGAGUUUUAAAAACUGAAUUGCAAUUUUUAGCCGUAUUUUUGAAUAUUAGUUUGUAUCUGAUUUUUUAAAUUUCUUGCUUUUCAGACACUCAACAGUUUUAACCCAAUACCGGCCACCAGGGAAGCUCGGAUAUGGAGUGAGGUCUCGGCGAUCGAAGGAUUUGCAAAACUGCAACAAAUUUACGUCUCUGUCAGUCCUCGACCGGCAUUAUUCGACGUCGCUCGCGACGCCUAUAAUUCGAGCAAGUAAGUGAGGAUUAUUACAAUCUGCUGUAUAGCAGAUAGAGUUCGUUUUCUUCAAAAUCGAUAGCCAUUCGAUCUCCUUCAUUUCAAGAGAAUUUCCCAAUUCGAAAAAUCGGUUCACUACAUACAAAGGCAAGAAAUUCUCGAAAACAUGGUAUUCCAGUUUUAUUUUAUUGUUAGAAAAUAGGUUAUUAUUUCGAUUACUGUAUAAUAUAAUUUGAAGAGGUAAGUGUGAAAGCGUUGCUUUAUCGGAAAUCGACCAGUGCAAACUCUAGCGCAUAUUAUCAUUAAGAUUGAGUCUGAAAACAAGUCCAGGCAAAUGAACGAAACAUGAAUAUUUCAGAAUGGAAUCGAAACAGAGCACGCCGGGAUACGGACCAGCAUAUGGCUCUCCGAGAUACUUACCGGGCCAAGGUUCUCCACAGUACGAUCAGGCCCAAGGCUCUCCGCAGUACAAACAAGCCAAUGGCUCUCCGGGAUACGGACUGGCCAAUUGCUCUCCGCGAUACAAAUCGGUCCAAGGCUCUCGGCAAUACUUAUCGGUCCAAGGCUCUCCGCAAUACGAUCAGGCCCAAGGCUCUCCGCAGUACGAACAAGCCAAUGACUCUCCGGGAUACGGACUGGCCAAUUGCUCUCCGCAAUACAAACCGGUCCAAGGCUCUCCGAAAUACUUACCGGUCCAAGGCUCUCCGCAAUACGAUCAGGCCAAUUGCUCCCCGCAAUACAAACCGGUCCAAGGCUCUCCGCAGUACGAACAAGCCAAUGGCUCACCGGGAUACGGACUGGCCAAUUGCUCCCCGCGAUACAAACCGGUCCAAGGCUCUCGGCAAUACUUAUCGGUCCAAGGCUCUCCGCAAUACGAUCAGGCCCAAGGCUCUCCGCAGUACGAACAAGCCAAUGACUCUCCGGGAUACGGACUGGCCAAUUGCUCUCCGCAAUACAAACCGGUCCAAGGCUCUCCGAAAUACUUACCGGUCCAAGGCUCUCCGCAGUACGAACAAGCCAAUGACUCUCCGGGAUACGGACUGGCCAAUUGCUCUCCGCAAUACAAACCGGCCCAAGGCUCUCGGCAAUACUUACCGGUCCAAGGCUCUCCGCAGUACGAUCAGGCCAAUUGCUCCCCGCAAUGCAAACCGGUCCAAGGCUCUCCGCAGUACGAACAAGCCAAUGGCUCACCGGGAUACGGACUGGCCAAUUGCUCUCCGCAAUACAAACCGGCCCAAGGCUCUCGGAAAUACUUACCGGUCCAAGGCUCUCCGCAGUACGAUCAGGCAAAUUGCUCCCCGCGAUACAAACCGGUCCAAGGCUCUCCGCAAUACAAACGGGCCCUAGGCUCUCCGCAAUACGAUCAGGCCCAAGGCUCUCCGCAAUACGAACAAGCCAAUGGCUCUCUGGGAUACGGACUGGCCAAUUGCUCUCCGCAAUACAAACCGGCCCAAGGCUCUCCGCAGUACGAUCAGGCCAAUUGCUCCCCGCAAUACAAACCGGUCCAAGGCUCUCCGCAGUACGAUCAGGCCAAUUGCUCCCCGCAAUACAAACCGGCACAAGGCUCUCGGCAAUACUUACCGGUCCAAGGCUCUCCGCAAUACGAACAGGCCCAAGGUUCUCCGCAAUAUGAUCAGGCCAAUUGCUCACCGGGACACAAACCGGUGGAUCGGAGGUUAGUGUGAAAACGUUGUUUCAUUUCAAAAUAACCUGUGGAAACUCUGACGCACAUGAUUGAGAUUGAAUCUUCACAUUAUGCAUUCGCCGGAGUGUGCUCCUUGACGCUAUUCUCGCGUGACAGGUCUCGCACGGAACAAAACUUUUAAUGCUGGAGUUCUGCGUCUUUUAAAAAAUUAAAAAAAUUUGAAGGGAAUACGGUCGAUCAAAAUUUUCCUUAAUUUUCUGACGGAAGAUUAUAAUCGACCGUAUCCCUCCUCAAAUUUAGAGCUGCAGAACUCCAAUUUGAGAGGUUUCGCUCCGUGCGAGACCCGCCAUCGAGAAUUACGUCAAGUCGCACACUCCGGCGAAUGCAUAAUACAAAAACAGGCAAAUGAACAGAAUAUUUUAGAAUAGAGUCUGUACACAGCUCGCCGAGACACGAACACGAGGAUUACUAUCAUUUUCUGUUCAACUAUGUGAGGUACGUGAUAGGAAAGAAGAGUUUGAUUUUACCGUUUUCAAAGGCAAUAUAUCCGCGACACUCUCCGUUUCUAUUCUUUUUUUUUCUCAUUUCUAACGUUGCACGUCUCAGAUUGAUAGCAAGCGUUUGGAGUUGCAUGCUUUUAUGACUUCUUGACUUCAUCAGCUCCUAACGUUUAACAGAUUGAAAAUAGCCUAUCUGUGCCACUUAUAGCAUCAAUAUCACCAAUAGAGGUGAAAAACGGCAAAGCCACACUGAAAACUUGAGAAAAGCACUAUUUGAAAUUUGAAAUUUUUCUACCCAGCCUGGCCCGUGACAAGUAUGUUUAACAGCCUUUGCUUUUUUCGGAUGAGAGGUUAAUAUGAGGAAUCUGCCUUUUGCUUUUUGUUCGCAUGGACAUUAUCUAGCGCAUGUCUCUUGAAACACGCCAAACCAGACCAAGAAAUGACAUAUUAUACAUCAAGAACACUUUGAAAACUUCAGGAGAAUUUGAAAGAUUCAAAGUUGAAAAAGUAAUCUGAUCAUCGAUAUUUAUUCAGAAGUCUUCAUCGGGCCAACCCUUCUUUGUUACCAAAUCAUCUUCUCCCGAUCAACGGCAAAAACGAUUACGAGUGAGUGAAACUCUGAUUUAGCAACACUCAACAUUUUCUUCCUAAGGAAAUUAAGUUGGUAAUCGACAGAAAAGAUCGAGGAACAAGUUUCCGCUCAUAAUUUCUGUUUAAUCUGCUAAAAGAGUCUGUCGAUUUCUCUUUUUGUUUCAUUUGUGCAUUUGUCUGUUUUCAUUUGUCUGUUUUCAAAAUGAAGUCUGUGCAGUAGGCUGGUCAAACAGGCGAUUUCAGGCGCCUAAAAAACAGGCACCUGAAAAGCAGGCGCCUGUUUUUUUCAGUCGCCUGUUCGACCAGCCUACUGUGCAGGGAUACGCCCCCGCAGGAUACCAGGUUAAUUUGAAAACGUUGAUUUAUCUGAAAAUUACAAAAGAUAAUCGACAGAAAAGAUCAAGAAUUCCAAACCAACCAACUUUUCGGCCAUAAUUUCUGUCUAAUCUGCUAACAGAGUCUACCGAUUCCCGUUUUUGUUUUUGAAGCGGGAAUGUUACUAUUGAGCGUUAGUUUUUUCAAAAGUUUUAUAAGCGUAGGAGAGGAUUGGUAUAAAUGAAUGCGAAUUCGUUAAGCGACCUUCUUCGACUGGUUCUGCGUACCCCGCCUCCGCCUCCUCCUCCUCUUCUAGUCGACAAUGUUCACGACUUCCAGUGAGUGAAACUUUUGCUUAAAAACUAAAUCUGAACUGAACUUCAAAUAUUGCACGAGAAUUUGUUUAUUUUGAAUUUUGUUUGUAAUAUUUUUGAAACAUCUGUAAUCAAUGAAUACUUUUCAGAGAGCAUCCUCGUUUAAUUGAGCAAACUGCGCCUCCGACUGCUCCGCUUCCAGCUAACAAUGAGAACAAGAGCGGGUGAGGUGAACAUAAUUUCGAAAUCGAAAAAAAGCUUCAAUCAAUGUAGCUUUUCUCUAAAAACACGUUUCAACAAGUUACCGGUCAAGAACGUUGAUAGAACUGUAACCAAACAUUCAAACAGAAGAAAUUUGCCAAGUGACUAUGUUCUGUUUUCUAUAAUUCUUUGUGUUUUUAGGUUAUCAUACUUUUGCUAAGUUCUUAAAGAAAAUUUUCAGCUUCCCCAUUGUCACGUUUGAAACGGUUUACGCUGGACGAUCCGUGGUUGAUUUCGUGACCGAGAAAACCGCCGUAAGUUUGAUUUACAUGUUUCAACCAAUAAACUGUUUUUAGGCAUCCAGCAAAAAUUGGAGACACAUGCUCCUGCAGCUUUUUCUUUCUAUCAGAGAAGCGGAAAUCAGGUUCCAAUUCGAACACCGCGAUCUACAUGGCUACAAUAUUCUGAUUAGUGUCGAGAAAAUUCCGGGAGCGAAAAGGACACACACAAUCGACACAAAGGAUAUUCGAACAAAUGCCAGAUCGUGGAAAGUGUUCACGGUCUCCUGUAGUGAUCUUCGGACUACGAUCAUCGAUUUCGGUCGUUCAAGAAUCACAAAAAGUUUGUUCAGCUGUUUUUCAUUAUUGUAAAAACUUUUUUCAUUUUCAGGAGACUCUAUUCUCUUCUAUAACUUCGGCGAAAAACCCGCUGACCCUGUGUACCUCAACGUCGACAUCGAUAACAACUUGGGAAACGCAGAUAUCGAUCUGGCUUCAUUCCACGAGAUGAUCCGUGUGCUCAAGUGAGUUAAAGACUAAACUAAACGAUUUUACAACGCACUUUCAGCGGCAGAUCGGAAUUAUACCGUCCAGAGACAAACAUGAAGUACCUGAAAGGCGUAGCUAGGAACUUCUUAAAGGAAAUUGUGUUUCGUGAGGAAAACGAAGCGGCGGUGAGUUUUUGUCUACACCAAACCAUGAUUAACCUAAUCAUAAAACAUUGCAGAAAUGUUUCAAAAUAUACGAUUGCAUUAAAAAGGCGCACGAUCUCGAAGACCUUCUAAGCAACGAAUUUAUUGACUUUCUCGGUGCAGACUUCAUUGACGCUGUGCAAAAUAAACAAGAGCUGCGUGCUCUUUAUGGAUGA